AGAGCUCUCAGACCUGCGCUGGGAAGUUUAAAGAGCAGAGGGGAGUUGGUGCUGUAGGCAGGGACAAUGGAAGAAAAUGAAAGCCAGAAAUGUGAGCCGUGCCUUCCUUACCCAGCAGACAGCAGGCACACGCGGGAACAAGGAAAAAGCAAUCUGCAUGUAACGUCAUUAGAAGAUGCAGAAUGCCGAAGAACCAAGGAACGCCUUUCUAAUGGGAACAGUCGAGUUUCAGUUUCCAAGGCUUCCCGAAACAUCCCACGGAGACACACCCUAGGUGGGCCCCGAAGUUCCAAAGAAAUACUGGGAAUGCAAACAUCUGAGAUGGAUAGGAAGAGAGAAGCUUUCCUGGAACAUCUCAAGCAGAAAUACCCGCACCAUGCCACAGCAAUCAUGGGCCACCAGGAGAGGCUGAGAGACCAGACAAGAAGCCCCAAACUGUCCCACAGCCCUCAGCCCCCCAGCGUGGGCGACCCGGUGGAGCACUUGUCCGAGACUUCUGGCGACUCUCUGGAAACCAUGUCUGAGAGCGAAGCUCCAAGUCCUUUCUCCAGGGGCAGCCGAACUCGAGCGAGCCUUCCGGUGGUGAGAUCGACCAACCAGACGAAAGAAAGAUCUCUGGGGGUUCUCUAUCUCCAGUACGGAGAUGAAACCAAGCAGCUCAGGAUGCCCAACGAAAUCACAAGUGCAGACACGAUCCGGGCUCUCUUCGUAAGUGCCUUCCCACAGCAGCUCACCAUGAAAAUGCUGGAGUCGCCCAGUGUCGCCAUUUACAUCAAAGACGAGAGCAGAAAUGUCUAUUAUGAACUAAAUGAUGUAAGGAACAUUCAGGACAGAUCGCUCCUCAAAGUGUACAACAAGGAUCCUGCACAUGCAUUCAAUCACACGCCAAAAACUUUGAACGGAGACAUGCGGAUGCAGAGAGAACUUGUUUAUGCAAGAGGAGAUGGCCCUGCGGCCUCUCGACCUGGGUCCACAGCGCACCCAGCCCACGCCAUUCCAAAUUCUCCGCCCUCCACGCCCGUGCCCCACUCCAUGCCUCCCUCCCCAUCCAGAAUUCCUUAUGGGGGCGGCCGCCCGAUGGUGGUCCCCGGCAACGCCACCAUCCCCCGGGACAGGCUCUCCAGCCUGCCCGUGUCCAGGUCCAUCUCCCCCAGCCCCAGCGCCAUUCUGGAAAGAAGAGACGUAAAGCCCGAUGAAGACAUGAGCGGCAAGAACAUCGCGAUGUACCGAAACGAGGGUUUCUACGCGGAUCCUUACUUGUACCACGAGGGUCGCAUGAGCAUCGCCUCUUCCCACGGCGGCGCGCACCCGCUGGACGUGCCCGAUCACAUCAUCGCCUAUCACCGCACCGCCAUCCGGUCGGCGAGCGCGUACUGCAGCCCGGCCUUACAGGCGGAAAUGCAUAUGGAGCAGUCCCUGUACAGGCAGAAACCCAGGAAAUACCCGGACAGCCACUUACCCACUCUGGGCUCCAAAACGCCCCCCGCCUCCCCGCACCGCGUCGGCGACCUGAGGAUGGUGGACAUGCACGCGCAUCACAACGCCCACGGGCCCCCGCACACCCUGCAGCCGGACCGGGCCUCGCCCAGCCGCCAGUCCUUCAAGAAGGAGCCGGGCACCCUGGUGUACAUUGAAAAGCCACGGACCGCGCCAGGACUCUCCGGCCUGAUGGACCUCGGCCCUCCGCUAGUGGAGAAGCAAAUGUUUGCUUACAGCACUGCUACGAUCCCCAAAGACAGGGAGACCAGAGAGAGGAUGCAAGCCAUGGAGAGACAGAUUGCCAGUUUAACUGGCCUUGUUCAGUCUGCACUUUUUAAAGGGCCCCUAACAAGUACUAGCAAAGAUGCAUCUAGCGAGAAGAUGAUGAAAGCACCAGCUAAUAAGAACCACACAGAGAGUGCAGGAACUCCCCAUGUUUCUGGCGGGAAGACUCUCGGCGCGCUGGAGUCCCUGGGGCCACCCAGCCAGCCCCUGGCCGCCGGCACCCCGGCCGUCCACCUGAGCCUGCUCGACAUGAGGCGGAAUGUGGCCGAGCUCCGGCUCCAGCUGCAGCAGAUGCGACAGCUCCAGCUGCAGAACCAGGAGCUGCUGAGGGCGAUGAUGAAGAAGGCUGAGCUGGAAAUCAGCGGCAGAGUGAUUGAAAUGAUGAAGAGGCUGGAGGACCCUGUGCAGCGCCAGCGCGUCCUGGUGGAGCAAGAGAGGCAGAAGUACCUGCAGGAAGAGGAGAAGAUCGUCAAGAAGUUAUGUGAGCUGGAGGACCUGGUUGAAGACCUGAAGAAGGACUCUGCAUCGGCCGGCCGAGUGGUCACCUUAAAAGACGUGGAAGAUGGGGCGUUCCUCCUGCGACAAGUGGGAGAAGCGGUAGCUUCCCUGAAAGGAGAAUUCCCGACCUUACAAAACAAGAUGCGAGCCAUCCUGCGCAUAGAGGUGGAGGCCGUGCGGUUCCUGAAGGAGGAGCCGCACCGGCUGGACAGUCUCCUGCAGAGAGUGCGGAGCAUGACCGACACCCUGACCCUGCUGCGGAGACAUGUCACAGAUGGGCUCUUAAAAGGGACAGAUGCAGCCGAGGCCGCGCAGUAUGUGGCCAUGGAGAAGGCCACCGCCGCAGAAGUCCUGGCGUCCCAGCCCCUCCACGGCGCAGCAGUCCCUCGAGACGUGAAGUCGGAAGUGGUGCCCUUGAUGGUUCACCAUGCACAGAGCUCUCCUGUGGUCACUCAGCCCUCCCAGCUCUCCUCCGCCCCACCCAACCCUGCCCAGCACCCGACCAGCCCUCCGGCAGUCACACAGGAAGUGACCUCAGCUCCCCAGUCAUCACAGGCAACUCAGUCUCCACAGGCACCCAUGAAUGGCUCCUCCAUGCAGAGUUUGUUCAUUGAGGAAAUCCACAGUGUGAGUGCCAGGAACAGGGCGGUGUCUAUUGAGAAAGCAGAAAGGAAAUGGGAAGAGAAAAGACAAAAUCUGGACCACUAUAAUGGGAAAGAGUUCGAGAAGCUCCUGGAAGAAGCUCAGGCCAAUAUCAUGAAGUCAAUUCCAAACCUAGAGAUGCCCCCAGCCUCGGGCCCAAAGCCCAAGGGCGAUGCUCCAGGGGACAGGCUGGAACUCUCAGAAGACUCGCCAAGCUCCGAGCAGGACUUGGACAGGUUGGGGGGCAAGUCCCCACCCCCUCCUCCCCCGCCCCCGAGACGGAGCUACCUGCCAGGAUCUGGGCUCACCACCACCAGGACUGGCGACGUGGUCUACACCAGCAGGAAGGAGAACACCACUAAGGCAAGCGGUGAAGAUGCCGGACCAAGCCUGCAGGCUAGAGCCACAAAGUGCCCAGCAGAGGAGCCUGCUUCAGCGUGGACUCCAUCCCCACCUCCGGUCACUACCUGCUCCUCAAAGGACGAGGAGGAGGAAGAAGAAGGAGACAAAAUCAUGGCAGAACUCCAGGCAUUCCAGAAGUGUUCCUUUAUGGAUGUAAAUUCAAACAGUCAUGCUGAGCAGUCCCGGGCUGACAGUCACGCUAAAGACACUAGGCCGGGGGCCACAGUCUCACCCAAGGAGAAGAAGAAUUUGGAAUUUUUCCACGAAGACGUACGGAAAUCUGAUGUUGAAUAUGAAAAUGGCCCCCAAAUGGAAUCCCGAAAGGCCACCUCAGGGGCUCCUACACACAGUGACCGUCCCAGGUGGGAAAGAGGAGUGGAGAAUAGUAUUUCUCAAGAACAUCAGAAUAUAAAACUCACAGCAAGAACAUCAGAUAUUCUUGAUGCCUCAAGAACAUCAGAAUAUAAAACUGACAUCUUAAUGAAGGAAAAUUCCAUACCCAAUAAGAGUUUACUUAGAGACAGUAGAAAUUAUUCCCAGAAAAAUGUGUCUAAGGUCAAUUCCAGUUUCCCUGGCACCAAUUUGUUAGAAGAUGAAAUAAGCAAAGGGCCUAAAAUCUCAGGACUGCAGGGCCCUCCAUCUGACCCUGAGAACCAGAAGAUGAAUUAUGAAAAGACAAAAGAGAUGAGUCAACGAGAUCAAGAAAAUGCAGAUAGAUGUCACCUACUCUCUCCCACUAGGUCAACUGAAUUGAGUAUUUGUGAUGUCAAAACUCAAGAUCAAGAGGUUCCUGCAACAGAGUUUGGCCAAGUUGUGCUAAGACCCAAGGGGCCUUGGCAUGCUAAUAAUGGGAGGCCUAAUGAGGACAGAGAAUCAACCCCAAGUUCUCCCACUGAGGAAAGUGCACCCACAGACAACAUCGCCUUCAUGAUUACCAGAACUGCGGUCCAGGUUCUCUCCAGCGGGGAGGUCCGCGAGAUAGUGAGCAAGAAGGGAGAAGAUGUACAGACUGUGAAUAUUGAUGCCAAAAAAGAGAUGACUUCCCAACAAGAAGGGACUGAAAAUGAAGAGCCAGUCGUGUGCCUAGACAAGAAGCCAGUCAUCAUCAUUUUUGACGAACCCAUGGACAUCCGAUCUGCAUAUAAGAGACUUUCAACCAUAUUUGAGGAGUGCGAUGAGGAAUUAGAGAGAAUGAUGACAGAGGAAAAGAUAGAAGAGGAGGAAGAGGAGGAAAAUGGAGACACUGUGGUCCAGAAUAACACUUCCCCAAAGUUCCAGAAGGUUGUGUCAGGCCCCAGCUCAGGACUGCAGGCUGAGAGCCGAUUGCAGCCACACUCCCUCUCAGGAGACACCGGAGUGUCGGGAGGACAGGGAAUGAAUAAGGCUGAGCUGCCCACGAGCGGCCGAGCAGAUUCUCCAAGUUCAGAAAGCAAGUGUGAUGCGGCAUAUGACCAGUUGGAAAGCCCCAAGAAAAAGUUCAAGUUCAAAUUCCCUAAAAAGCAACUCGCCGCUCUCACUCAGGCAAUUCGCACAGGAACCAAGACGGGGAAGAAGACCUUGCAGGUGGUGGUCUACGAAGAGGAGGAAGAGGACGGCGCUUUGAAGCAGCACAAAGAAGCCAAGCGAUUCGAGAUCACUCAGUCUUCCCCACCCGAAGACACCCCCCAAAACAGGCUCAGGAGACAGGGGCGGCCCUGUCUGGAGAACACAUCUUCCAUUUCCAGAACUGAUGAGAUUAGAAAUAACACCUACAGAACACUGGACAGCCUGGAGCAGACCAUCAAACAGCUGGAAAACACCAUCAGCGAAAUGAGUCCAAAAGCCCUCGUUGAUACCUCAUGUUCUCCCAACAGAGAUUCUGUUGCAAGCUCGUCCCACACAGCCCGGGAGGCCUCUCCCCGAGCCUUGCUAGUUCUGGAAGAAGCUCCCACUGCCCUAGAGCCCCCCUCAUCAAUACCUUCAGCUUCACGUAAGGCCCCGGCGGGGACCCCACAGACCAGCAGGAUGCCAGUCCCCAUGAGCUCCAAGAGUAGACCCGGAAGCCUGGACAAGCCCGGCAAGCAGACCAAACUGCAGGAUCCCCGCCAGUAUCGCCAGGCUAAUGGAAGUGCUAAGAAAGCUGGUGGGGACUGUAAGCCUGCUUUCCCCUCCUUACCUGCUUCUAAGAUUCCAGCCCUUUCUCCCAGCUCUGGGAAAAGCGGCGCUCUGCCCUCUUCUAGCGGUGACAGCUCUAACUUCCCUAACCCAGCUGCUUCCAAACCACCGGUUACUUCUAACCCUCUCAGCCCCCAAACAGGACGAUCUGCCUCCUCGGCCUCCCUCAUCCCCUCUGUCUCUAAUGGCUCCUUAAAGUUUCAGAGCCCCACUCACACAGGUAAAGGUCACCAUCUUUCAUUCUCACUGCAGACUCCCAAUGGCCGAGCAGCCCCUCCCUCCUGCUCCCCCUCCCCCCCUCCCCCCGCCUCCCCCACUUCACUGAACCAAGGUGCCAGGAGCGUCAGGACCAUCCAUACUCCCAGCCUCACCAGCUACAAGGCACAGAAUGGAAGUUCCAGCAAAGCCACCCCAUCCACAGCCAAGGAAACCUCUUAAAGGCCACACCCUAUCAGGCACAAGUUGGAGUUACAUUUAAAAAUUUAGAAAAAAAUUGUAACAGUCUUUUAACAACUGUUUUCGCAAGAGAAUGUAACAUAUUGCUGUACUGUUUGAGGCUUAAUGCUAAGUAUGUGCUAAAUACUGGAUGAAUAGAUUUCAGUAAAGCUUGUUUGGUUUGGUUUUAUUUUUUAGUUGUUGUAUUGUAAUUCCAUAGUGUUAACUGUCUGUAUUCAACACCUGUUAAAUGAAGCAAGCAUGGGUUACAGAGAGUAUGGUGAGAGAGAAGGGUAUGUGUGUGAGGCAGGAAAAAACGUAUUGAGCAUGUAAAACAUGUAUGAUUUCAGAAUUUUAGUAUGUUUUGUAUAAAAAUAUUUUUCAUUACAGAGACUAGAAGUGAACAGAGAAAUACGCAAGUGCGACUAUACAAAUUGUAAAAGAGAUACUAUAAUAUUUCCUUUUAUUUUAGUGUUAUUUAGCUUUAUUACAGAUUUCUAUUUUUGUCAAAACUUCAUGGUUCCUUUCAAGAUCUUUUUUGCCAAAACAUUUUGAUACUAUAGCAUUGUACAUUUGAAAGUAGUGUCUAGACAACAGGCCAACCCAGGGUCAUAUGUAGAAAGCAAUUUAUCAAACCAAUUGCACUGCCAUGAAAAUUAUGUAUAAUAAUUUGCCAGCCCAAGCGAGCUAGUUUUCUUUGCAUUUCUUUCUUUCUUCUUCUUCUUCUUCUUCUUUUUUUUUUUUUUUUAACAUAUUGGGAUUCUCUAGUUGUUUUCUUUGCAGUAUCUAACCCCUUCCUUUGUUUUCUGAGACCUGGCAACCCACACUAUUACAGUACAUUGUGGAUUUUAAAGUGUACACUUCUGUACUGUUCUGUAAACUGAAAAACUUUUGUAAAUAUAUAAAUAGACAUAAAAACACUAUAUGUGACAGCACAUAGAGUAGUUUUCCCACACCAAAGUUAAUUUUUAUGCAUGCUUUACAAAUAUAUAUUGGGAUGGGCAGAAAUGGGACUCUCCAUACAUUUUUAAAAAGUAACAAGUUUGCACAGCUAGAGUGUUUUUGUAAAUAACUGUAUUUGUAUAACACAGUCAUGUAAUAUACAGAACUAUAAGCAGAGACAUUGCAAAACUAAUAAAGGGCUGCAUGCUUAUUAUUUUUUGUACCUUGUUACUAUAGCUGCGUCCUAGGCAAAGAAUGAAACGGAACUGUUACCAAGGGAAAUGGUUUGGGCUUUGAGGGCAUUAUCAGUGACAUGUAAGCAGCCUCAAACUUGUGUUCUGAAAGCUCUAUUUCUCUGAAAACUCUGAGGUGACUCAUGAUGAGGUCUCAUGAAUUCACUGCGAGUGUGGUGCCUUCCGACAUGACCUGCUGACUCUCGUCUCGGAGGCUCACCGAGGUUCGGCUCACAGAAAGCAAACCUGGGCGCAGUCUCCACCUUCAUUUCCAGAGAGGUUCUUCCGACCGGCUUUUUCCUGUUUGAAUUCCAGGAGAAGGAAACUGAAAUAAAAGGUCCUUAUCACUA